AUGACGCACCUGCGUGUCUUUGGAAGGGAUACGGCGGCCCACAAGUCCGUGGAGUGGGUCCAGGCCGUUGUCAACCGCUUCAACGAGCAGCUUCCAAUCAAAGUCAACCAACAGACGACCCACACCAAAGUCAGCACGGAGCAUAACAAGGAAUGUCUCAUCAACAUUUCCAAGUACAAGUUUUCCCUGGUCAUCAGCAGUCUCACCAAUAUCUUGAAAAAUGUUAAUAAUAUAAGGAUAUUUGGAGAAGCUUCCGAAAAGAACUUGUAUCUCUCUCAGCUGAUUAUUUUGGAUACACUGGAAAAAUGUCUUGCCGGGCAACCCAAGGACACCAUGCGCCUGGACGAGACGAUGUUGGUCAAGCAGCUGCUGCCUGAGAUCUGUCACUUCAUCCACACCUACCGCGAAGGCAACCAGCACGCGGCCGAGCUGCGCACGUCCGCCUCCAGGGUUCUCUUCUCGCUCAGCUGCAACAACUUCAACACUGUCUUUAGCUGGAUUUCCACCCGGUUACAGGAAUUGACCGUGUGCUCUGAAGACAACGCAGAUGUCCACGACAUUGAACUGCUGCAGUACAUCAGCGUGGAUUGUGCAAAGCUGAAGCGUAUCCUGCAGGAGACAGUGUUUAAGUUCAAAGCCCUCAAGAAAGUAGCACAGCUGGCAGUCAUCAACAGUCUUGAGAAGGCAUUUUGGAACUGGGUGGAAAACUAUCCGGAUGAGUUUACAAAGCUGUACCAGACACCUCAGACCGAUCUGGCAGAUUGUGCGGAGAAGCUGUUUGACUUGGUGGACAGGUUUGCUGAGAGCACAAAACGCAAAGCAGCUGUGUGGCCGCUCCAGACCAUCUUCCUUGUUCUGUGUCUGGAAAUAAUCCAAGACAUUGCCAAGAACAUGGUGGAGGAAACGAAAACCAACAAGAAACUGUUUUUGGACAACCUCAGGAAGGCGCUUGCAGUCCACAGUGGCAGCCGGCAGCUGACGGAGAGUGCUGCCAUCGCGUGUGUGAAGCUCUGCAAGGCCUCAACCUACAUCAGUUGGGAAGACAACUCUGUCAUCUUCCUCCUUGUGCAGUCCAUGGUGGUAGAUCUCAAGAAACUGCUCUUCAAUCCAAGCAAGCCUUUCUCCAGAGGCAACCAGAACGCAGACAUCGACCUGAUGAUCGAUUGCCUGGUGUCCUACUUCCGCAUCAACCCGCACAAUAACCAGCACUUCAAGACCUGCCUGGCACAGAAUUCCCCCUCGACAUUUCAUUACGUACUGGUAAACUCACUCCACAGAAUAAUCACAAAUGGGGCAGAGGACCUGGGGUCGUCUUCUUGCGAAGAAGGUGAGAUCCCUGAUGAGCAGGGGAUAGGAGUACAGAAUCAGAGGCUGUCCCUGCUGGAGGAUGCACAGCCCAUUAUUAACCAGUCUAAUGGCCCUUGGGCUAAAGACUGUUUCUAUUGA